CGGCCUUACGCAUGCGUGGUGCGGGGUGUGGCGUCCCCGGCGCGUGGUUACGUCACUGCAGCUGCGCUCAUGGCGUCUUGCGGCCCUGAGGCUGCGCUUGGGGGGUGCAGUGGCUCGUCCCCAUCCAGCGUCCUGGGCUGCAGCGAGGACUACGGUCAGGCCGCCCGCCUGGUCAGGGCGCCCCCCGAGCGCCCCGGCUCCGGCUCCAGCCUUGGCCUCCCGAGGAACGUGCUCAGCGAGAGGGAGCGCAGGAAGCGGAUCUCGGUGAGCUGUGAGCGCCUGCGGGCCCUGCUGCCCCGUUUUGAUGGCCGGCGGGAGGACAUGGCCUCAGUGCUGGAGAUGUCCGUGCAGUUCCUUCGGCUCGCCGGCACCCUGCUUCCCAGCCAGGAGCCGCACACCGUUCUGGGUCCGUCCAGGGAGGUGUGGCGCGAGUGGCAGACGGAUGUUCUGCCGCAGGUCCUGUCGAGUGCGGGCACAGCAGGGUCCCCAGACUGUGGCGCGGGAGCCUCCGGCCUGACUGUGCCACCGGCUCCUGUGAGCUGUGGGACCGCGGGCGCAGUUGAGGACGAGGCCCGGCCGGCGGCGGCCGAGGUGGUGGAGGGGCCGCCAGUCCUCCCUGAGCCCUGCAGCCUGCUGUCCCAGUCUCCAGGCCCAAGUCCUCCCGAGGCCCUGAGGCCACCCCCGCUCUGGCCUCCCUGUGCGUGGCAGCCGCCCUCCCCGCUGGUGAGUGCAGAGGCUCGGAGCUGCCUGGGCCGGGUGGGGCCCCCGGCGGACGGGGCCGACCCUGUCGGGACGCUGGAUACCAGGCCCGUGUUGGGAUGUGAUGUGGAAGACGGGGUGUCCUACUUGCUGAACACUGGUCCCGACUGGUGGCUGGGGUCCGUGGAGGGCAGAGGUGCCCGUGCCCCUUCUCGGAGUGCGGUCAGGAGCAGCCUGCUGGACAGGGCCGAGCCAGGCUUCCCAACGGACCCCGAGCCCAGCCUCCACGAGCUCCCGGAUGGCCCCCUGGAGCCAUGGGGCUCGGAUGCGGGCUGCCCCAGCCUGGCCCUGCGGGAGGAGGUGGACAGUAUCUUCCCCGACUUCUUCCCCUGCUAGGCCUGUGUCGCACGUGUCCAUGUCGGGUGCCGUGUGGCUUAUUUUGGGUUCGGGAGGCAGCUGUGCUGAGCUGUGGCGAGGCUGGCGGGCCGCGGCCGGGGAGGCUGGGGAUUAAAGGCGGCCAUCCUGUGGAAA